GUCGGAGCGGACGUCGGCCGGACUCGAGUCGGCGAAGUUUUUGCCCAGGUGUUUCGGCUGGUAAAUAAAGAAAUGAACCAAACAAAUUAGGGGCUGACCCACGAUAGUCGAAAACCUAGCGAAGAGUAUUCAAAUUUCAGAAUCUCAAACAGAGCAAACCGAUCCAUGUCGAGCGGGGGGGUCAUAGUGGAUCUCCAUAGAAACUCCACAAACUGGGCCAAGGUGGUCGAUGACAUAGUUAAAUUAGAGAGAAAGAUAUUUCCCAAACAUGAGUCGCUUGCUAGAUCCUUCGAUGAAGAGCUGGGAAAGAAGAACACCGGAUUGAUUUACAUGGACGUGGACGGAGAAGUUGUUGCCUAUGCAAUGUAUUCUUGGCCUUCUUCCAUGUACGCUUGUGUCACCAAGCUCGCAGUGAAGGAGAAUUGUAGGAGGCAAGGGCAUGGAGAGGCACUGUUGAAAGCAGCAAUUAAAAAAUGCAGAACCAGAAAUGUGCACCGCAUUUCACUUCAUGUUGAUCCCUUGAGGAAUCCUGCUAUUAGUCUCUACAAGAAGUUUGGUUUCCAAGUCGAUAACCUGAUAGAAGCGUUGACAUAUCUGAACAAGAUGAUCAUUCAAUGAAUGUCAUUGUGACAUGAUGAGAAGUAUCUGAUCCAUGAAGCCCCUAAACAUGCUGUUUUCUAUUAUUCUAGUUCUCAUUUUCCUCGAGUGAUCAAUGUAAUUCCAAGAUAAUCUCGCCUGUUAAAAUAUUUUCAUGUCACAAGCUCCGUCUUGCCCGCAUGAUGCAGUCAGUUUGAAGUGCACUUCUGCUUCUUGCUUGUCCCCAUUCUUUGCCUGUCAGCGGGUCUCUGUGUGUGUAAGCUGUAAAGAAAUUGUCAUGUCGCCGUAAGCUCCUAUUUCUUCGCCAUGGAUCAUGGUCAGAUGUCUUGCAGAUAGAUCCUAAGCUUCAUGCAUCCUUCUCGGCAAGAGCUGCUUAACAGCCCUAACAUCAGUAUCAAUGUGGGUAUGAUAAUAGAUUAGAGAAGCUUUGCAACCCCGAUCAGCCUUAUUUUUACACUCAUAACAUAACUGUCUUUUAUGGUUGAUUUUUGAGGAGCAUGAAAUCAGGUACACAAGUCCACUCAAAUGAAACAGAGGUAAUUGUAUUGUGUAACAGUGGAACACAACUUAGGAGCAUUAAGAGUUACCUUUUUGAAAAAACAAAGAAAAA